AUGGCGGGGCCUCCCGCCAACGGGAAAUCAAAAAUACUAGUGCGAGCGUUAAGACGCCUUGAGCAAGCGUUCAGCGAAAAGUUGAAAGUUGAACAAAGUACACAACGUCGUACUAGGGCUGUCGCACUAGGGGUGGUUGUUGCAAAUGUCGCCUCGCUGGUCCAUGUCGUCCGGAGUUUAAUGCAAGGAGUUGAAUCCCAUAGAGAGUUGGCGAAAGAAUCGUGGUCAAUUAGGUACGCCCCGACCAUCUGCUUUGCAACCCUGAUUUACUUCUUCACAAAUCCCACAUUCCGCAAAAAUCUAUUCUGCUCGACGAUAUACCUUGAUCGUUUGAACUUCUCACUACUGGAUUUUAACCUUCGCUUCUGCGGAAAGUCGAACAAACUGGAGUUCAUCUCGUAA